AGAAAGUAAGGACAAAUGUGUGCGUGGUUGUGAUGUUCAAUUAUCAAAAUGUCUGACUUAAAUUUGAACGACGAUUUAUUGAACUAUGAAUUGGGUGAUGAUAUUGAUGAUCAGGCACUUUACGGCGCCGAUGAAGAUGAACUACUAUUGUCAGACGAUGAAUUAGAAAAAGAUGUAACAAAAGAAGUUAAACAACAAAUAAAAGCAGAGGCAGAACAAUGGGUUAAUGAACGUAUACAAGAAAAAGGUGAAAAUAAAAAUGGUUCUAAGAACGCUAGUACAGCACAGCCUAUGUCUGCAGCUGGAGCAGCUAAUACUUCAAAAUUUGUCAAGGACACAGUUCAACAAGUCACCGCUGAUGCAACGGAAGUGACUUCAUCGGCGGCAACACAUUUGAUUGCGAAUAACUCAAAACAUGGUGAUAUAACCGAUGAUGUGUCCACAAGUGAAAAUUCAGCGCCUGCACAUGCAGAAUUUAAAGAACCUACAAGGUCUCAACCCCAAAGGGAAUUAACACAGACGGUAGCGCCAGCAUCUACACAGACUUUGUUGUCAAACUCUACAAAUAUCGAUGAAGUCACUUCAAGUAGUAGUAAAGAAGUUGAAGCAGAUCAUUCAUCAGUCAUUAGUUGCAGUACCAGUAAUAUGACUGAUUCCUCCUUCAUUCAAAGCUCACAAGAAAGUUUGGGAGUAACCCCUUUAAGCGCAAGUGAUUAUUCCGAUCCUAGAGAGGAUAUGGAAGAAGAACGUGAGACACGUACAAAUAUAAAAACAACAAAUGAACGUGAUUUUGAUACAGGAAUCAAUGAAUCGACAGAAAAGCAUCAUUCUCGCUUCGUGCAUAAUAAACGUGGAGGAAAUCCUCUGCUGCGUCCCCAUUCAUUACGUGGAUCUUACCACGGUCAGAGGCCACUACUCCGCUAUCCACCAUCACAUGGUAAUUUUCUAUUGACAACGCACGGUGUUCCCGCGGCGAGAACAACUAUCGUGUCAACAACGCUAACCCACACAUCCUCCGCCCUCAUUCCAGGUCAAUUCCCGCUACAACAACCGCCCCUACCUUAUGCACCACACAACACAGCACACGGUCCGCCAUCUACAAAUCCCGGAACAAUGGGACCACAACAAACAAACCCAAAUGCACAAAUUCCUCUCCACCCACACGAUCCCAUGAAUCCCUCAAUUUCCCAUCGUCCACGACACCCAUUCCCCGGAUUUCGCCCAGGUGGGCCUAUGAAUUUUAGACAUCCUAAUCCCGGCAAUAUGUAUCCACACGAUUAUAAUACGGGUAAUGGUGUACCCUUCAAUCAGAACUUCGGUCAUAUGUCACAUCCAUCACGAGCUAUGUUCCGACCUGAACUUGCUGGCGGACCAAUGCAAGGUGGCAACAAUGCAGGUAUGGGCCCGACACCGGGACCUAUGGUAAUGCGACCGAAUAUGCGUUUACCGCGCCCACCAUUAUCAAAUUUACCACCACAAGGCCUAGUGCCAAAUUUUAUAAACAACCCGGCCAUUAGACCUCCCCAACAACUACCAUUGCAGCCUCCUCAAGCUCCCCUACAGUUACCACAAAGUGGUGUGCAUCCAAGUACCAGUGUGCAGGCGUCACAAGUAUCUGCCAAUAACAAUGGCGGCCCAAUAACAUCGGCAACAUUACGCCCUAGCAAAGUACUUAUUAAUCCAAAUUUUAAGGGUGGCGUUCAAGCAGCAACAAAUAAGUUUAUAAAAGAAACUCAAUUUAUGUCAACAAUUAGCAGUCAUGUCUCACAUUUACAAAGUGACGAUGAGUUACUGCGUCAACAGGAGGAAUUCAUUAAUAAAAAUCGAGAGCAUAUCGAGAAACGAAGGCAUGAGCGUUCGCCGCUCACUGCAAGACGAAGCCGCAGUCGCAGCCGUUCUCGAACACAUUCACGUGAACGCAGCUUUACGCCACCAAAUAAGAGAAGCGGUGGUGGAGGCGCCGGCGGGACCGGUUCACACUUCGACAGAGAACGUGAACGCGAUCGGGAGAGAGAACGUGAUCGUGAUCGUGAGCGAGAUCGUUUAGAUCGUGAAAGAGAUCGUGACCGUGAAAGGGAACGUGGUCCUGUUGAUCGCGAACGUGGUGGUGCAGGAAGCGGAAAUGGUAACAUGGGCCCAAGAGGAAAUCGUUUUCGUCGUGGAAAUAGUCGAGAUCGUGAUUAUGACAAAAGAGGUGGUGGAGCAUACGUUAAACGUAGACGUAGUUUAUCUCCUUUACCACGAGCUGGUGGAGGUUUUCGACGUGGAGGUGAUCGCGAUCGCCCAGAUGUUGAAGAGGACGAAGAGACGCGUGUAUAUAGAUUGGAAAUAGAGAAACAGAAAGCAUUGCGAGAAAAAAUACUCAAGGACAAGGAAUUAAAAAGAAGGCGCGCCGCAGAGGAAAAACAAUAUGAGGAUCAGCGUCCUAAUCAGACCAAUAAUGCUAGUACCAAUAACGGUAGUAAUGCCCCAAGCAGUGCCAGUGAAAAUCAGACGCAGAAACUUAAGCCAAUUGUGGUAACAGAACGCAAAAUAAUAUCGUUAAAGAAACGGCAGCAGCAGCCACAAUAUGCUGAUGAGGAUUUUCCACGUCAAAAGUCGCAACAACCGCCGCAAGCGCAAAAUCAGCGCAAGCAGAUUCCAACUGCAAAAAUUUUACCAGAAGCAAAACGGAAUCUUAACGAUCAUAUAACGAAUGUCACAAGCAGCAGUGGUGGUGUUAACUGUGGCAGCAGCAAUACAGCCAUAAUAAAACCAGUACCCAAAAAGGAAACCCAUACACCAACACCACCACCGGCGGCAUUAUUGAAACAAACACGACGUAUGUCCUCGCCGAGUGAUGAUGAAGUGGAGCUCGACUACGAUGAAGAUGAAUUAAUGCUAGAAAUGGAGGAUCGCCUGUUGGCCACGCCAACACCGUCCCCACCACAACCAGCCGUCUCACGUACACCGACACCUGAACCAAUAGCUCCACCGCCAUCUAAUAAGGCAAACAUAAAAUCUAGUCGUAGCAGUAACAAUACGACAUCUCAAAGAUCAUCAGCAUCGUCAGCAUCAUUCGGUUCAAGCAACCGACGAGUGGUACUAAAAUCGUCUACAACAUCAACAUCAAGUAAUUCAGGAGGUGCUGGCCGCAAGGAAAGCGAUUUGCACUCAUCCGAUGGCAGUCGGAAUCGUCGCACUGGUGGGGGAUCGUCGCGCAACAGUAGCAGUAAUAACUCACGGAAAGGUAUAUUUGAUCGCUUGGAGACCAGGCGACAAAUGUAUGACAGCGGUGGAAGCAACAGAGACGGUGGCGGAAACGACGGAAAGCGCAACAAGGGGCAACGCAUUGUUUUGAAACAUGAUUAAGUUCUCGGCAAUUAAAAAAAACCGUCAUUAAGCUACCGAAUCAAAUAACUUUUGUCAAAGAUUUCUUUAGCUGUGUAGAAAAUUAAAACUACACAAACAAAUCGUAGAAAAAUUUUGAACCCGCAUAUUUCUGAAAUCAAAUAUGCAUAUUUCGCUAACUUUGAAUUUGACACUGGUGUGAGUGAAAUGAUUAAAAUGUAAGUGGCACGAAAGUCUUCGUUCUGUAUUGAAAGUGAAAUGUAACUUGUAAUUAGACCACACAUAACAUAACAUAACUUGUUUAUAUCAUUUUACAACAUACAUAUAUUUACAAUGAUUUCCACACGCACAUGUAUGAAUCGAAUAACAGCUAUGGAGGCGCGUAUAUUUAUGUAAACAUAUUUUCACCUUAAAAUCUAAUAUUAUUAUUUUUUUAAUUAUGCAUAUGGUAAAGUGAAGUAAGCAGCGAGAAUUGCUUAAGUCGUUAUAAUUUUUGCUUUUCGUUGUCGCUUAGUUUGGUAAAAUAUUUGUAAGAGCACAUGCAAAUUACAGAUUUGUUAUAACUUCUAAAUAGCAUCCACAUUUAUAAUGUGCAAUUCUCAAAUUGUCAUCACCGUGAGGUAUACAUAUAUUACAUAACAUAUUAAUAUUAUAAAUUAUUAGAUUUCAUACAGACCGUACCACCUCAUAUGCCCCCAUAUAUUGCUUAAAUUGUCUUCGCAAUUUUUUUAAUUGAAAGUUAAAAUGUAUUUGUAAUUACCGACGCUAAAAAUGCAUAUCUUUGUUUAUGCUAACAUUACAACUUAUUUACUGUUUUUUUUUCUAAAACAUAACCUUCCGAUAUUAUUGACCAUAAAAUUUUCAAACUGUAUAAAUUAGCUAUGUAAUGUCAUAAUGUUUAGGAAAAGUAAUUUUACAGUUAUUUUAUUGAAAGUCUUCAGCAACAUUGUUAGCUUUAAUAUGACACUGGCAAAAGGUUAGCAACAACUUUGUCAAGUGCUCAAUAAGCAUCCCUACCAGCAUUAAAACUGUAUAUGGCAUUUAAAGUUAUGACUCUUACAAUUUAAGUAACCAUUUCACUUUUAAAUGACUAUUUGCGAUUUAAUAUUGACGUAAUAUAUUUAAAAAAUUUAUUUCACAACACAAUGAAAAAUGGCUCCAGUUAAAUAUGUUUACUAACAAAAGGUGUGAAACUCUUCAAAUUGUGAAAAAGCAGUGUUCCCUUUAUACUUUGUUCCAAACAAGCUUUAAAUUUGCCAUUUUAAAUUUUAAAAUUCAACAUACAUAUGUAUAUACAUAGUUAUGCUAUCAUACUUCCAUUAACAAACAUACAUGCCCAAAGUCAUAAUGCGGCUCAACAUUAUUCUUGCAUAUUUUUUCCCAACAAAUAAACAAAAGUUUAGUUAAAUGUUAUUUAGUAAAAAAAAAUGAAUAACGGUAAAACUUUUACUUGACUUUAAAAAAAUUCACUUUUUUUACGCCUGGAUUUCUUAAAAGCACUAGACAUAAGUUCAUAUAUAAUUUUUAGUUCGUAUAUUUAAGAAUAUACAAAGUUCAACACAAAUUUUAAUUAUAAUUUAUAAUUUAGUUGUAAGUUAUAAAAGAGCAACAGGCUUUAAAUUUUUUUUUAAUAUUUCUUGAAUGCCCUAUAUUAAAGUGUAUACAAAAUUAUCAUAUUGAUAUUCUAGACCGCAGCGGAAAACUUUCAUCCAAGGUAUAUAAAUACCAAUAACACUUUUAAGUAAAUAAAAUGACGAUUUACCCUCAACUAUUACCAAAAUUGUAUUUUUGUACACAAUAACUAAAUUAAUUGUAUUUGCUUAAUUAUAAUUGGUUGAAACAAUUGAAACUUAUUUUAUUCAAUGUGAAAAAAUGUUUAUUAAAACCGGUAAAUAAAUGUAUGUAUUUGCCAAAAUAAAUGAUGACACAAACAGUAACAAAUGUAAAAAAUAAGUAGUAUUUACUAUUGCUAUAUCACAAUAUAGCAUUAUAAUAAUAAGCAACAACCAUAUUCAAAUAUAAUCAUAAAAAUGCAAGUGUGAGCCAUAAAAAAUAAAGUAUUACUCGAUGAAGGCAGCGCCAGUUAUAUAAUGCUAAUAUCAUCCAGUUAUAUAAAAAUCAACAAAUUUUGUUCUUCUGACUAACCCAUACCUUAAAUUCGCAACAAACAAAAUUUAUAUGUCCUUACCACGUGAACGUCACACGUCUAAAUCAGUUGUAAAUUAUAGUUGUAAGUUAAAAAUUUAUAUUUUAUUUUAUAUUUGUAUUGUAUUACUUGUAAUAUUUGCAACAUUGUAUACGCAAUAUUAUUGAUUGUUAAAAAAAUGUACACGCCCCUCUCACUUUCUAACAGUUUUUCCGCAAAUACUCCCAAUAUUAUGCGCAUAAAAUUAUUAAACUGAAUUUACAUACGUAUUUCUUGUUGAAAACGUAGCUAAUAAUAUGCUUACGAACAUUUUAAGUUAUGAAGAAAUAUGCUAUUUGUCUUUUACAAGCACUAAAAUCGAUUAAAAGUCGACCAAAAGUCUGUUACGGCAUUUUAUAUUGCACUUUAUUAUGCAAUUGCUGGGCAAACAAGUCGCUAAAAAUUCAAAAACAAAAAAAAAUAGUAGUAUAAAGCUUCUGAAAAAAAAUGGAAAUCAAAAUCAAGAAAGAUUUUAGAAGCACACAUUAAUUACGUAGUCAUAAUUGAAAAAACACAUUACAAAAAUAUACACAAAUGUUGACAGUUGGCUAAACGUGUGCAGACACAAUAUUUAUUUUAGUUGGUUUAAUUGAGACGAAAAUAAAAUAAAAGCUAUAUACAUAUUUAACGCAUGUGCUAUAUAUGGUAUGUUUAAAACUCAAAUUAUAUGUUUAAAAAUAUUCACGAUAUUUCACUGUUAUUUGAUUAGUUUA